AUGACUGACGCCCAGGUUGCCGGAGGCCACAAGGCCAACCUCAAGAACCCCAACACCUCGGAGGAGUCCAAGCAGCACUCGAAGAAAGUCCUCGAGGAGCAGUUCGAUGGCGGUGAUGUCCCCAAGGCUGGCGAGUCUGAUGAGGGCAAGAACCCUGGCAAUGUUGCCGGUGGUCUGAAGGCUGCCAUCAAGAACCCCAACGUUUCUGAGGAGGCCAAGGAGUCGGCCAAGGAGCGUCUCGAGGAGAUGGAGAACUAG